AUGACAUGGAAAGGGUUUCGCUUUGGUGGCCCUGUUGGUCACGAUUCCCAACCGCAACAAUCGCUUAGUCCUGCGCCUGUUCCUGUGCGUCACAGUGAACAGAUUCCACGUUCGACUUUCACAAUGGGGCAGCUGAUCCCGCGUUUGUCAGAGUCGAACGCAAAUUCACCGCUGGUCGGAGAAUCUGGGAUCGCUGAGCGAUCCCACCCACACGACAACCCUCCAGCAGCUUCCAGAAAUACAUCAGAUCACAAUGCCAAACAACAAAUCUCCUUGCGGAACAGAUUCAGCUUGAUGCGCUUCAGACAUGCAUCAGAUCCCCAACUAUCUGCCUCAUAUAACGAGACAGGGACCCCUCCUGUCCCUUCAUUACCUCCGCCCACAAUCAUCACUACAUCACCAACGUUUCCAAACCAGACGCCAGCUCCGAAACGAAUGAGCAUGUUCAAAAUUGGCUCGGAGAAACCUGUUUCGGGGCAUGCUGCAACCACGCCCAGAAACUAUAACCACAUGCCUAGCAAUUCCAAUACCUCAAAUGGAAGUUCCGUUCAACAUUUUUCUGGAGUGGAUAACUCACCAACCGCCCCUUCAAGCCUCAGAGCUUCUCACAUAAGCUUUGAAGAACCUGGCAGACUAUCAACCACCUCGUUACGGAGCGGUGGAGCUGUCCGUGCACAUGGCGAUGGUGGUCCAGUUCCCGGUGCCCGGUUUUCAGAAUCUUCUAGGUCAGACGCGAGUUCUGCUGAGCAUGGUGUCUAUGCGAAAACCAGCGCCGCUGCUAGCACCAGCUCCUUCUUCCGCCUACCGCGACUGAAGCGCAGCAAAGGUCCACUCUUCCCAUUACCUGCUAAAAUAUCGCCUCCAGGGCAAGCCUCGAAGUUGUCCGAAUCCAAUCGGCCCCAAACCGGCGGGAAUAAAUCUCGCAGUUCUACUGAUCACACUCAUGAGCAUGCUCCAUCGCUUCCAUCACUUCCUUCUCCAUCCCAAUCUUCAUUGGGUUUUGGAACGCCUGGCACUUCAUCUCCCGGACCGGCCUUGCUCCGAAAAGACUCGAUCGCGUCUGCGCACUCUGCUAAAUCAUCCAUCUUUCCCAACACACGAGGUCGCAUUUCACGCAGACAAAGGUCAUCAACGAUAGGCUCUCUUUCCGAUAUUCAAGAUGGUCAACAUCACUCAUCGCCCGAUCUUGUUCCUUCCAACCGAACUUCAACAACGAAUCCAUCUGCACGGAAGAGCUUUAGUGACCUUUUCGCUAUUCCGGCUCGUUUUAAACAUAAUCAUGAUCUAAACGGAACGGGUGAUGCUUCUCCAAGUUUUGGAGCACCGGGUACCCCUGCAUCAAUUGCUUCAAAAUCCAAUUCCGUUGCAUUAGGACGGGAUUUGGUGUCGUUCCCGGCUAGGGAAGAAGAUGAUACCCCAGCCACUUACCUUUCUCGGUUGGAAGGGUCUGUUCGUCGUGGGGCGAUUGCCAGUAUCCUGUCACUAUCUGCAGAGGAGUUUUACGCGACAGCUUUAAGAAAGUAUAUGCGUGGAUUUUCAUUUUUCGGCGACCCUAUUGAUAUGGCAAUCCGGAAACUUCUUAUGGAAGCCGAGCUGCCGAAGGAGACGCAGCAAAUUGAUCGGGUCCUCCAAAGCUUUGCUGAUCGUUAUCACGAGUGCAAUCCAGGCAUUUUUACUUCCGCAGAACAAGCCUACUUCAUCGGAUUUUCCCUGUUGAUCUUACAUACGGAUGUCUUCAAUAAAAAUAAUAAAAGGAAAAUGCAGAAGGCAGACUAUGUUCGGAACACGCAAGGAGAAGGGAUAUCUGCAGAAAUACUCGAAUGCUUCUAUGAAAACAUAAUAUACACCCCAUUCAUCCACGUCGAAGACGAACUAAACCUAGGCAGGCUCAUGGCCCCGAAAACACGCAAACCUUUGCUCAAAGUUGCAAGCGCUGAUAACCUGCCGAGCUUCUCCCGCGACCUGAUUGAUCCGUAUGCUUUGAUAUUAGAAGGCAAACUAGGUUCGCUCCGACCAAACCUAAAACAAGUCAUGGAAAUGGAAGACCCGUACAGCUCAUUUGCCCCUGGCCAAACUCCCGAUAUGGAAGCUCUGCACCACAUAUUCCAUAACUCUUUUGUGUUGCAGUUAGUGUCUGCCAGAUCCCGACCUGAUGCCUUUUUAAACACAAGUAGUAUUGCAAAUCCUUUGGAGUCACAUCCUGGCCUUGUGGAUAUUAGGGUUGCUAAAGUCGGUCUCCUGUCGCGAAAGGAUCCCAAGAAAAAGAAAACUAGAUCCCCUUGGCAGGAAUGGGGAGCUCUCCUCACAGGUUCGCAGCUUUAUUUUUUCCGCGAUGUCCAGUGGGUGAAAUCUUUGAUGGUUCAAUGCGAAUCGUGUGACAAAUAUGGUCGACGUCGUGCUGUUACCUUCAAACCUCCCAUCACAGAUUUCAAACCUGACGCCAUUCUGUCAACUCACGAUGCCGUCGCCUUAUUGGAUUCUAGCUACAAGAAACAUAAACAUGCGUUUCUCCUUGUCCGCCAUGGCGGUUUCGAAGAAGUAUUUCUCGCCAAUAAUGAGGCUGAUAGGUUGGAUUGGCUUGCGAUGCUCAACUACGCAGCAACUUUUCGAACAACAGGAGUCAGAAUGCGAGGAAUGAUUGGGGCUAGUUAUGAUCAGAGAAUGCCAACUCGUGCAGAUUCUAUAUCUUCGGAAACUUCAAAUUCCCUGCCUCCUCAACCAGCAGUGAUCAGUCGUGGAAUCGACCCUGGAUUAAUCGAAGAAGUUUCAGUGGCACGUCGGGAAAUGAUGUCGCACAAAAUCAAAGAGGCUGGCGAUAAAUUGUUUGAUGCCCAAAAGGAUCUUGAUGAUUUGCUAAGAAAUGCGCGCCACCUCCAAGUUCUGACGCCAAUUCACCCUAAAGCGAGAGAUCAAGUUAUCUUAGCUGCUGGGAGAAUAUCAGCGAAAAUCAAGUGGGCUAGGUUAGGAAUCGCGCGAAUAAGGUGUCACCGAGAAAUGCUUUCACUUGACUUGUCAGUCGAAGAACGUCGAUGCCUGGAGAAGCAUAGCCUUGAUCCUCUAUACUCUUCCUCACAGCUACCUUCCAGCCAACACACUCGAGAGAAAGGGGACUCGAUCUCCGGUCACGGUCCCACAUCCCCCAGGAGUGAUCGGUCGUUUGGACCUGCUCGACCUGUCACGCCAGUAUCUCUGGAUUAUGGUGCGGAUCGGCAAAACAUUUCUUCACAGCAAAGGAGCCCCAGUGCCCAGAAAUCAAUCGCCACUUCCGAAGCCAGUCCCAUUCAAAAGGGACAUAUAGCUUUGAGCUCGAAAGAGGACUUCUUACCUUCUUUAUCUACGGAUCCCAUCAUUAACUCACUACGUCAACCGUCCUUCAAUAACUCCAUCCAUAGCAGCAGAGCCGACGAUUCAAACUAUGCAAUUAACUCAUCUGGCCGUUCAACCCCUGUACCCAGUGUCCUGGAUGAUGCUGAGGAGCAUUUCCUGCGGGAAGCUAGAAUCCUUACUAACAACCAUUCACCCAAUGUUCAAAAAACUAACGAAGUUUUGGAUGAUAGCGAUAAGGACAAGCUACAAGAAGAGCCUGUUUCCACUGAGCACCCUGGCAAGAGCCGUCGAAGUUUACACCGUAGUCUUCGGGAACCCCAUAACAUUACUCAUCACCAUCGGAGUAAAAAGGGAAAGGACUCAGCCACCACCAUUUCAGAGAUUGACAAUUGUUCCUCCAUUGCUGAAAAUCAACGCCUUAGCCGGGGAACUGGCAGCUUCACUCUGCAUGGUAAAAAGGCAUCUGUUGUCAAUUUUGGGUCGGAAUGGCAGAACAUGUCUCAUGAGCAGCGAUUAAAGCUGCGAAAGCCAGUACAAAAUGAGGAUUCCAGGGUUUCUGAAAUGCUGAAUAUCGGCGAUGGUGCCGAGUCCCUCAUCUCGGACCCCGCGUAUAACAAGCAGGCAAAUUCUCUCCGAUCGGUCAGCACAGCGACUGGUAAGAGCUUAAAUAAUCAAAACACAUCACAUGGAGUCGCUUCUGAAACCCCCAAAGGGGCCACCUCCCUAAGUGAAGAGGAUGGAUCGGCUUUUACCGCAACCAAUCCUAUUGCGAUCAAUUUUGUUGUCGAGGAAGCAACCGAUACCGCCCAACCCAGCCUUGGCCAGCAAACUCUGGCAUCUCAAAUCUUUCCAUCCAGUCAGGAUCAAACCCAGGAUCAGGAUCAGGAUGCUAAAGAUUCAACAAAGAAUUCCUCACUAGGCUCAAACAGCCAACCUAGCCCUGCAGAGCGGAGCUCUCCGUCUCAUUCUCCCAAACAAAAUGACAGCUCGGCCCGGCAUAACAUGUCGCAGGAGAAGCUUAAUUACAUCACUCCUGAGCAAAUUGUUAGCGCAUAAAAUGUUGUCUUUCUCCUCUUCGCUACGCUUCCACCCCGCGACGUUUACACCCACUUUGCUCUCUCUAUUCUACACCUCUGCUCUCUGUUCACCCUUCUAUACCCCGUUGUCAAAUGUUGCACUUUCAUCAUUUUCCCUCCCAUACUUCCAUUAUCAUUCUAUAUCCUGCUUGAAACCAUUUUAACACUUUGUCUUAAUACUUAGACUUGAUUACGAGAUGAUUGAUCAUGAUAGUUACAUUCAUACAAACAUAUAUAUUUGACGCCG